UAUGUUAUUCAUCUUGCAGCAUAUUAAGGUAGCAGCUGAAGAUAUUCUGCUCCUGCUACUACACAUUAUUUUGGUGGUCUGGUGGUCUUGAUUGAGCUGUCUGUUAGAUUCAGUUCAUGGUGGCUGGAUGAGAAGCUGAAAUGCUACUGGCUGUGGAGGGAGGAGGUUUUUUCUCAUCAUCCGCAUCAGGAUACAGCCAUGGCCUUGCACUUUUGUUGCUCGGCCGGAGAACUGAGGAGCAGCCUGUAAGGGCAUCGCCCUGGAAUCACUAUCGACUAGUCGAUCGGGAGGCUGGGCAUGGGGGGCCACUGCCUCCAACAAAAGACGAUGUUCCUGGUAAAUGUGCUUCCUUCACCUGCUUUGGCUGCACACCUGCUAGGCUUGAGGGCGCAUCUCCUCCGAAAUUGAGCUCAAGUAACACGCGGCAGCAAUUAUCCAGUUCCACAAUCAGGAAAGGAACAGCCAAUGGUUCCUCCAUAAACGGAAGCGGGAGAAAAGGCUGUCUUAAGAGUAAUUCGAAAAGGGACUCGUCUGACCGCGGUUCUAUUGUUAGUGACAGCGAGGAACAACCACGGGAGUCUCUGGAGGAGGUGCAAACCUUGAAAACUGGUAUGGAGCGGAGGAAAGUUCACUGGACUGACACGUGUGGGAAAGAACUUUUUGAGAUCAGAGAAUUUGAAACAAGCGACGAGGGUUUGUCGGACGACGAGGGGGAGAAUGAUGGCUACAAGAAAUGCGAGUGCGUGAUCCAGUAGAUUUGUUCCUGCACAGUAUCCAGUCACAAUUUUGUCAUGGUUGACACCACCUGUACUUUUUAUUUGUCCUCGACCUUUAAUCCCCCCCCCCCCCCCCCCCCCCUUCUUUCUCUCUUCCCCUUGCGUGAUGUGUGUGUGUGUGUGUGUACCAUAUGUAGCUACCCAAUUUUUGUUCUUCUCUCCCAAUGGCUAUGUUGGUCUUUUUCUUAAUCAUUACUACAACUUUUUGUUUUGCUGCUGAUAUAUAUUUGUUAUAUAUACACCGUGGAUGGAAGAUGUGGCUAGUGCCUCCUACGUUGCAAGGUGCAAUUCACCUUCCGUUGUUUCA